GGCACGAGCAGGCACGAGGUGUAGGACGACAGCGACAGACGACGAUCUACGCUUUGUGAAUUGGUGUAAGUUGUUAGUGAAAAAUUGCGUCGAAAAAAUGGCUCUGCACGUUCCACAAGCGCCCGGAGUGGCUCAGAUGCUUAAGGAUGGAGCUCGCUAUUUUUCAGGUUUGGAAGAAGCUGUUUAUAGGAAUAUAUCUGCCUGUAAACAAUUUGCGCAAACGGUCCGUACCGCCUAUGGGCCAAAUGGCAUGAAUAAAAUGGUGAUAAACCACAUUGAAAAGUUGUUUGUCACAAGCGAUGCUGCUACUAUUAUUAAAGAGCUGGAAGUCGAGCAUCCGGCUGCAAAGUUAAUGGUCUUGGCCUCGGAAAUGCAGGAAGCAGAAGUAGGCGACGGAACAAACUUUGUCAUUAUCUUUGCUGGGGCCUUGCUUGAAGCAGCUGAGGAACUUCUCCGCCUGGGUGUAACAACAUCGGAAAUAGUUGAGGGUUACGAGGUUGCAUUAGAAAAGGCACUAGAGAUCUUGGGGUCGCUAGUUGUUUACAAAGUCGAAGAUUAUCGCGACAGUGCUCAGGUACAGAAGAGUAUAAGAGCGGCAAUAAUGAGUAAGCAGCUAGGGAAUGAGGAUUUUCUCACUUCUCUCAUCAGCAAGGCAUGUAUAUCCAUUAUACCGGAAAAAACAACAUUCAACGUGGACAACGUUCGUGUGUGCAAGAUAUUAGGCGCAGGUCUGAACUCCUCCCAGGUCGUGCAGGGGAUGGUUUUCAGAAGGCAGGUAGAGGGUGACGUAACAAAGAAACUGCGUGCGAAAAUUGCGGUAUACACUUGCGCCAUAGAUAUUAUACAAACAGAGACAAAAGGAACUGUGCUUAUCAAGUCAGCUGACGAACUAAUGAAGUUCUCACGAGGUGAGGAAUCGCUUCUGGAAAAUCAGAUUAAGGCUAUAGCCGAUUCAGGAGCCGAAGUUGUUGUUUCGGGAGGGAAAUUCGGAGAUAUGGCUCUUCAUUAUAUAAACAAAUACAAUCUGAUGGCUGUACGACUGCCGAGCAAGUUUGAUCUUCGUCGUUUGUGUAAAGCAGUUGGAGCAACAGCUCUCUCCAAACUGACUCCACCUUGCAAGGAAGAACUCGGAUAUGCAGAUACAGUUCACAUGGACGAGUUAGGGGAUACAGCAGUUGUUGUGUUCAGGCUAGAUGGGAAUGAAAGUCGCAUAAGUACAGUAGUCGUUCGUGGAUCAACAGACAAUUAUAUGGAUGACAUCGAGCGUGCGAUAGAUGAUGGAGUAAACACGUUCAAGGGAUUGACAAAGGACGGACGAUUUGUGGCGGGUGCUGGAGCAGUUGAGGUUGAGUUGGCAACCCAGGUUGCCGCUCAUGCCGACACACUUCCCGGUUUAGAACAGUACGCUGUAAGAAAAUUUGCUUCCGCUUUGGAGACAUUCCCAAAGACACUUGCUGAGAACAGUGGUAAUCGGGCAUCUGAACUGCUGUCGAAACUGUAUGCAGCUCAUAAGGAAGGAAAACGUAACUACGGCUUCAACAUUGAAGGCGAUGGGCCUGUGCUCAUAGAUGCCGUUAAUGCUGGGAUACUGGAUCUUUAUGUAGCAAAACAGUGGGCGUUGAAGUACGCUGUUGGAGCGGCAUGCACCAUUCUGAAAAUUGAUCAGAUUAUCAUGGCUAAGCGUGCCGGAGGUCCGAAACCUCGCGCUGGUGGUCAUAAUAGUGAUGAUGAAGAUUAAAGAUUUUCAUAACCUCACGAUACAGUGUUCAGGGUAAUUUUUUCAUACCUAUACCCAAAUAUGUUCAGUGCGAUGAACAUAGGAGGAUCGAGGAAAAACUUAUUACACUUACCUUGUUGGUAUUGCCUCUAACUUGCAAAUCUGAUGAGAAAACCAGGGAAGCUUUAUUAUUUUACUUCAAGUUAUGGGAGAUAAUGUGUGCCCUUGUAAUACCGCAAAUAAUGUGAUGAAAUAUUAGCUUUUGCCAUUUUCUACUUUUGUCACAGCAAGACACACGCAAACACAUUCACAUUAGCUUGAUUAUUAAGAUGUAUCGAAAUAUAAAUUUAACAAAUUUGA